AUGGACAAGGCCUCCAUCGCACACGUCUCCGACGUCUCGGACGGCUUAGACACCUCGCUGGCGCAGGUGGGUCGAGAAAGACUUUACGAUCGGCUUCCUCCGCACGAGACGUACGAAGGCCGCCAUCGGUGGGAUCCCGACUUGACCUGGACCGCCGAGGAGGAGCGCAAGGUGGUCCGGAAGACGGACUUUUACCUUCUCUCCUGCCUGUGCGUUAUGUUCUUCGGUCUCCAGCUUGAUCGAGGAAACCUGUCCAAUGCGCUCGCCGAUGAUCUGCUCAAGGACUUGAAACUGACGAGCAAUGACUACAACAAUGGAACCACAAUUCAGCUCGUGUGUUUCCUGGCGGCUGAGUUCCCCGUCCAGAUGAUUACGAAGAGACUUGGUUUCAAAAGAGUCUUGCCCACAAUGAUGUUCUUGUGGGGCGUCGUUUCAUGGGGCCAGGCAUGGAUCACGAACCGCGCCAGCUUCUACGUUACCCGGGCACUCAUUGGCCUGUUUGAGGGCGGUUUCAUUCCAGGUGUCAUCUUGUUCUCAACCUACUUUUACACAUCCAAGGAGCUCUCGACCCGGCUCGCCGUUUUCUGGUCAACCCUGAAUGUUGCUCGUGUCAUCUCAGCUCUCCUUGCUGCGGGGAUCCUUAAGAUGAGGGGCAUCGGGGGCCACACCGGCUGGUUCUGGCUGUUCCUUUUGGAAGGCAUCCUCACAUGCGUGAUUGCAGUGGUGGCUUUCCUAUGGCUUCCUGCCAGCCCGACUCAGACCAAGAGCGUUAUCUGGCGCAACCCGUGGUACACGGAGCGAGAAGAGUCUAUCAUGGUCAAUCGCAUCCUUCGUGAUGACCCGGCCAAGGGACUGACGGCCCUCAAAGAACCUGUCCACUGGAGCAACAUCAAGGAGGCCUGGAUGGACAAGUCCAUGUGGGGUCUCUAUUUCAUUGGCCUGGUCGCCUACAUUCCUGCGACCCCCGUCCAGGGCUACCUUACCCUCACCCUCAAGCGCAUUGGUUUUACAACCUUCGACUCCAACAUGCUCACGGUCCCGUCAGCAGUCCUGCAGAUCUUCACCAUGCUGGCCAUUUCCUUCAGCAGCAACUAUUUCAACGAUCGGGCAUUCCACGUCUUCUUUGGAGAUUUCUGGGUUAUGCCCCUCCUCGUUGGACUCCUCACGCUGCCUAACGGUGGUCGGGACUGGGCUCGCUUUAGUCUCGUAACCCUUAUCUCUGGUUGUAAGUUUGUUUCUGACCCCCAUGUCUUCAAGCCCAAGCAACAGCUGACCGAGGGACAAAAUACAGAUCCGUACUUCCACCCCAUUGUAUCCUCCUGGAUCUCCGAGAACAGUUUCGAUGUCAAGAAGCGCGCUAUCACGGCUGCCACCUACAACGUCAUUGUUCAGGUCGGCUCCCUUAUCGGCUCCCAGAUCUACCGGGCUGACGAUGCGCCAUACUACCACCGCGGAAACUCCGUGCUCCUGGCCAUCUGCGUGUUGACCCUGGUUGUUGUGAUCGUUCAGCGUGAGUUCCUGCGACACCUGAACCGGAAGAAGGAUGUGGCGUGGAAGGCCAUGACGGCGGAGCAGCAGACGGCGUACCAGAAUGAUAUUCCAGCUCGCGAGAAGGAUGGAAACAAGCGACUGGACUUCCGCUACUCAUACUAG